AUGAAUGAAAAUCCAAAACUUAAACUCCCAUCUGAGAAUCCCAGUACAGCCACAUUUUGCUCUCGGCAUAUAUAUUUGCAACAUACGAAUCCAUAUUUAUUCUUCUUCCAAAAAUGCCUAAUCUUGCAUGGAUCAUUUAAUGGUUCCAAAACAGCCACCAUAGAAACACCAUUAUCCUUUACCAAAUUUUGGAGACACCUUACAGAGUCUUCAACCUCUGAGCCUCUAAUAUUCUAUGUAAUGAUCUUAAACAUUCGGAUGAGAAAUAGAGGUAAUAGAGGAGUUGGGAGCAACUUUUGUGACCCGAGCAGGAUGUGCCUUUGCUUUCGGUUUUCCUUUGAUUCACCUUAG